CUCUCUUUCUUUCUCUCUUGACUUUUUGGUUGGGGGUGGGACUGUUUUCUUUUUAAUAAUCUAUUACAGACAUUAUUAAGAGUAUACCUUGGGGAUUUUUCCCUUAUCCCCUCCCCCCCCAAAAAAAGUAUUCAACGAAGUGAAUGAACCUACUGGGAUGGGAUCCCUGUAAAUGUACUUUGAAGACAGUUGUCCAGUAACAUCUCUCAGACCAGAUAUUUAUAAUUUAGAGCACAUCCUAGAACAACCUUCAGUGAUAGUACUUAGUCCUUCUAAUUGUUUGCUUUAUCUCUGUUUAUUGUUGAUUAUUUGCUAGGCAAUUUAAUAGCUGAGUAGCUUCACCACUUUGGUGACUAAGAGUUCUUUUCUUUAUAGACGAGGUUCUUGCUGUGUUGGGUGAAGGUGGUUUCUCAAAAGUAGUGGAAUGCAUGGAUCACGGAGCGUAAGUCUUUUAAUUGGGCUCCUGUCAUUUUUUGUACUGAAACUCUCAGUAUGAGGUUCAGGAAGUGCUUUCUGAUCCUACUAGGCUUUCUCUUUGCUUCCUCGUGUGCUGCUCUCUGUAUUUCACUAAGGUGACCACAGCUGCCAAUCAAAAUUGUCGUUGGUCCAUGGUGCUAUAAGCAGCCCCCAGACACGAGGGUUGUGCAGGGCUGGUGGCGGAGGCAAAGGUUGUGUCUUCUGCAGGCUCAGCCCAGCCUGGUAGAGGUCAGGGCUGAACGGGAGAGGUGGCCUGGGGAGCGUGGGGUGCAGCUGCAGCCCCCACACAGGGCAGACUUGGGGCCUGUGCCACCCCAGCUCUGGAUAAUGAGCAACGUCUGACAUGGUGUAGCUUCUCUUAAAGCAUCAUCUGCGAGGACGCAGCCCCAUUGGCGUUCUAACAGAGCGCCCGUUAUAAGUCAAGAACGUAUUUUGCGUUUGAUGGCACUUUUGCUGUGUGCAAAACAGUAUGGAAGGAGGUUGUCUUUCCAGUCCCGGCAGAAGGCAUUUGACACUUCAGUGACAUUUUUACUACUCGGAGGGCUGAAGGCGGCUUGCCAUUUUAGAUUAACGGUUGUCUUAGGCUGUGAAGUGGGGAAGUUUCUCCAGUAUUAGCCCAGCAUCCAUAGAAAGAAAGGGGAGGCAAAAGGGGCUUGAAGAAUAAUACCUUUUAAUAUUAAAAGGAUCGAGUGUGUUUUCAAAAUGUAAAGAUGAAGUUUUAGCUGUGUUGGCGCAUAGAUGACUCUGGGUGAUAUGAAGUCAGUCUGACCUUUUCCCAGAGGGUUUCCAGUGUUAGGAACAGGGCAUAUGGGGUGAUAACGACCCAACAGUCUGACUUAAAAGUACUCAUUGUUCUAAACUCCCUUAAAACCUGUCUUUUCAGGGAAGGCAGACAUGUUGCUGUUAAAAUAGCAGAGAAUUUUUAUUGUUCCAACAUUGUUGCUCCUGAGGAAAUACAGGUGCUGGAAGAUUUAAAAGCAUCAGACCCCAGCAAUGCCUAGUAAGCCCACAAAGCCAACCGCGAUGUGUUUUGGCUCGAAGACUUCUUCUAGUGUUCUUCUAGUGCACACAGUGUAUGUAUGAGCGCUGCACAACUCACUGUUGCAAUGCAUGUGUUUUCCUGCUUUUGCAGUCACUGUGUCCAGAUGUUGGAAUGGUUUGACCACCAUGGACACGUCUGCAUUGUUUUUGAGCUCCUGGGGCUCAGCACCUUUGACUUUAUGAGCAUCAAUGACUUCUUGCCAUUUAACCUGGACGACAUUAGACACAUGGCUUAUCAGAUCUGCACCUCUGUCAACUUUUUGCACAUGAAGAAGUUGACACAUAGGGAUCUGAAGCCAGACAAUAUUGUCUUUGUGAAAUCUGACUACGUAGAAGAGUACAACCCCAAACUGAAACGCAAGGAACGCAGACUGAGAAAAGCAGACAUCAGACUUGUGGACUUUGGGUGCGCCAUGUAUGAUCAUGAUCAUCGUAACCCUGUGGUGACUACUAGACCUUACAGAGCUCCCGAGGUGGUCCUAGAGCUCGGAUGGUCCCAUCCAUGCGAUGUGUGGAGCAUAGGAUGUACUCUCCUGGAAUACUACCGUGGAGUCUUAGUAUUUCAGCCCUAUGAUGACAUAGAACACCUGGCAAUGAUGGAGCAAUUACUGGGGCCUUUGCCAGAUCAAAUGAUAAACAGAGUUGUUUCUUCAAAGAAGAAGUAUUUCUGUAAUGGCCGUCUGGCCUGGGAACGCAGUGUAUCUGGGCAAUAUGUCUCAGGGCACUGUAAACCUCUGAAGGAAUACAUGAUGUGCCACGAUUCUGACCAUGAGAAUCUGUUUGAUCUGAUUGGGAAGAUGCUGGAGUAUGACCCAGCCACGCGCAUUACUCUGGAAGAAGCACUGGAACAUCCUUUCUUCCUCCCAUUGAAGCAGGAAAAUAGCACAUAG